CUCGCGCUGUCGUUAUGCGGAAAGAGUGCCACUCUCGUUGCUAUGCGGCGCCGAGACUGUAGCACUGUUACCAGGGAGGGAGGCAGUAACAUGGGUGUAUUCAUUCGUCCGAUUUCGUUGAAAAACGGUUGGUUCCUCAAGUAAACGGUAACAACCCUAACGGAAGCAAACGGAACUAAACGUGGAGGGACCUACCUGAAAUUGUUGAAAUAUUAACUCUUGUUUUCGAAGCAAAACGUUUUGUAACAGAAUCCGACUAAUGAAUACACUCCUGGUCGCGUUGUAUGACGGGAGUGUGGCGCCUAGCAUAGGCUUCGUCGUGCGGCUAUGUCAACGAUUUGGUUUGUAAUCGAAAAUGAAGAUACUACACGACUGGCUAUCCUAUUUCCUUUUUAUUGUGACAAUUGCUCAAUUGAUUGCACUUAGUUAUACAUCAAACCAAGUUGAAUAGCGUGAGAUUGUUUUUACGUGGUAAGGUGAAGUCGGAGUGGGGGGGCGGGGCAGAGUGGCUAGUCGGGGGCGGCGGAUGAGUUCGGAGCAUUGCCCGUCGUCGCCGCAGCAGAAGGAAAGGGUCAAGCCAGCAUUGGACAAACGUGAACAAGGGGAGAUAACAUCGAAAACCGUGAAGGAUCAAGGCGGCAUGGUCACCACAAAGGGAGCAGGGCUAAACCCCAAUGCCAAAGUCUGGCAGGAGAUCCCUGUGCCCCAGAGCCAAGUCCCAGAGGACGGCACGGAGGGCACCCACUGGCUAGAGACUACCCCCACUUCUGCUGAUGUCACUGAGGGUUAUUCAGAGGCUCCCCCAACUGAGGAUAAGGGGUACGGCACGGAGUACUCAGACCCGUCGGACAAUAGUGCCCGUUUACCCACAGAGGGUGUACUGAACGGCAUGGAUCCCCCUAAGCUGGGGUACCCCCUCUAUGACUCUGUGACUGAGUCAGCAGUGGAGGAACAGCAGCCCCUCUCUGAAGAGAGCCUGAGAGAGUCUCUGAAGAAACAGCUAGAGUUUUGCUUCUCAAGAGAGAAUCUGUCCAAGGAUCUGUACCUGAUGUCCCAGAUGGAUAGUGAUCACUUUGUCCCCAUCUGGACCAUCGCCAGCAUUGAGGGCAUCAAGGUCCUCACUACCGACAUGGACCUCAUCCUGGAGGUACUACGAGCCUCGCCCAUGGUGCAAGUUGACGAGAUGGGGGAAAAGGUUCGGCCCAAUCACAAGCGCUGCAUCAUCAUUCUGAGGGAGGUGCCAGAGACCACACCUGUAGAGGACGUGGAGGGCCUCUUUAAGAAUGAAAACUGUCCCAAGGUGAUGAGUGUUGAAUUUGCGGCCAACAACAACUGGUACAUCACAUUCCAGUCGGACACUGAUGCACAGCAGGCCCACAGAUAUCUAAGGGAAGAAGUGAAAACAUUUCAGGGAAAACCCAUCAUGGCUCGUAUCAAGGCCAUCAAUACAUUCUUUGCGAAGAAUGGCUACCGUAGUGUACCGAACUCCAGUGUGUACAGCCAGCAGGGCCAGUCCCAGUAUAACUCAACACACCUCUACAUGCAGCAGGUGUUCAGCCCCCAGCAGCAGUACCCACUCUACCCCCUGGUGCCACCCACCUGGAACCCAUCGCCUGCCCCUUACUUCCAGACCCCGCUGGCCCCGUUCCCCAACAGUGGCUUUGUGAAUGGCUUCAGCACCCCUGGGAACUACAAGACUGGCACCAGUCCCUUGGGCCUCGGACGACCGCCCUUCAACAGAAACCGGAACCACGCGAAGAGCCAGCCCCGGCCAUGUGACGAGACCCCUCCCUCUGUUACCCCCGUAUCCCCCCUGGUGGAUGGCCUGUCGGGCCCCUCCAGCGCUCCUCCUCCCCGGGCGGCAGGGGCUCCCAUGGGUAGCACCCCUGAGCCUGGCCCUUUGCCCCCCACCCUCAGGGACACCCUGCCACUGGCUGCAGAGGGGAUGCCCAAUGGAGACCUGGGCAUAGCUGGCAGGGGCAGGAGAGGCAGCUACAGAGGGAUGCGGAGGAAGAGAGAGGACGAGAGGAUCACGAGGCCCAUCCCUCUGAGCGAGAUAAAGGUUCCACAGCCCAAGUUUGACCUGGCGACCUCCAACUUCCCUCCGUUGCCUGGGUGUGUGGUCAGCACGCAGGGAGAGCCCGUGCUAGAGACUCGCAUGUCUGAUGUGGUUCGAGGCCUCAAGGUGACCAGCGACAAGCCUGAUGUGAAUAAGGAGUCUGAGGCCCCUCCUGCUAGUGCCCAAAAGGAGGCUGUGAGUGCGCCCAGUCAGGUCGUGCCGGCCCACAAACCCCCCACCCCUCUGGUUGUGGAGCCCCCUGUUCCAAGUGUUGCUCAUCCGGUGAAGAAAGUGGAGAAGCCUGAGCCUCAUGUCCAAAAAGAGCUGGCUCCACCCCCCACACCACCCUCUUCUCUGCCAACCCCCCCACAGCCCGCCGCUGCAACCAAACCUACGCCCACCCACAGUCAGUCCAUCUCCACUGCAACACCAUUUCCCGCCACUACCACACCUGCACCGGAGUCAAGGAAACUGAGCUAUGCUGAGAUGUGCAAGCGGCCAGCCACCCAGCCUCCAGCGCCAAGCACCUCCCCAAACCCUCCCACCUCCCCGGCCAGCCAACCCCUGCGUGAACUGCGGGUCAACAAGGCCGACGAGCCCGCCACAUCCUCCAGCAGCGAUGGGGAUAGGCCUGAGAAACCCGAGCGGCCUGGAGAAGGCCAGCCCCACCUUGAUCCCUUUGGCUCAUACUGUGGGGUUAAUGGCCCUGCCCGAUCCGGAGGGAUGGGCCUAAAGUACCGGGAACAGCAGAGAGGUGCGUCCAUGAGCCGCCGCAUCUCCCCCCAGGGCUGGGCCAGAAGGAGCGGGAAGGAACAGAACAUUCCCCCCCGGUCACCAAAGUAGUUUAAACAACAACCAACAGACUAACAGAAAAACAAACACAAAGCUAUAUACGUGUGUGUAUAUAUAUGUAAAGAGAUAAAUAUAUAUAUUUGUGUGUUAUUGGAUGAAAGAACACAUUCGCGUUCUUCAUCUUAAAGACCCCCCUGAAGCUCGGUCGGACAUCCGCUGACCUUUGUUUAGGAAAGACUGCAAGCGGUAAUCAUUUUAAGAGGGGGCCGACACGAGUGUUACAAAUCAUAAACUGACGGACUUGUUUGAAAGAAUAGCGAGAGAUGCUUACAUGCUGCCUCACCUUGGUUAGCUUGAAGGCUGGGCCCUCCACUGCUAAAUCUAUGUUCAUUUGAUUUCUGUCAGUGGGGGAUGGGGGACAAAUGUACAGUAAUGCCUUGUAUCACCAGAAUACUGGUAGUUGCAAAGGGGAAAAAAGGAAAAGAAAAGAGCUGUUAGCAAAUCUAGUCAUUAUGUGACACAGCAAAAGAUGUGGACAAUCCACCAAUAUGACAUCGUUAUGAGUUGAUACAUAUGAUGCAAUUUGUUGUUGGAGGGGUUGGCAAGUGAUUAUUUUGGCGAAGGGCUAAGGAUAGCUCAUAAAAUGUGUUUAUGUAGGUUGGAAGCGAGAGGGCCACAUGGUUUUAGAGAAGUGCCUGUUUUGAACUGUUCUGAGAGAGUGAGUUGGGAAGCCUGUCAAGCUGCACUUUCUUUUAGGUGAAGAAACAGUCUUGGAUGCCUGUCAGCUAAGAGUCUGGAAUUAUUUUGUUCAGAAUCAAUGGGAAAAUAUUAAUUUAUUAGAAUCAAUGACUUUAUUUUCACGGUUGAUGGAAACUUUUGGUAUACCCUUGCUUGAGUAGGACAUUCAAACCUUUACGAUAAUGGUGCUUGGAUACCGUGCACAUGUGGGGAAAAGUUUGGAUAGUCAGGCUGUCGGUCACUGAAUUGUUAUAUUUUCCACUCUCCAUUUCCUAUUACUUUGAAACAUAUGGUUAAAUGUUUGAGUUGUUGGUCCCAACUGUCUGCCAAUCCUGUUUAGUUAAAAUAUGCUUUGGUUGGUUAAUGACGAUUGCGCCAACCAUUAGUGCAUAAUCUCUCCAUCCAGGUUCAAGUUCAGUAGGCGCAAGGUACUCAGAAGUUUUCCUAUAUGAACUGCUUGCUUUUGUUUUUUUUAAGUGGUUUAAGUUUUUAUUUUUUAUUUUUAUUUUUUAUGUUUUUUUAAAGUGGUUUGCUACAGUGUGUUAUGAACAUGACCCACCAAUCCAUUGGUUGGGAUUUGAGUGGAUCAGGAAAUGUUCUCAUGGGUAACAGCUCAUGAGAAAGGGAGGAGUCUUCCCUUAGUGAAGGUAUUUGGUAGUUGAUGCAGUCAGCACUCGCAUUGUAGACACCUGACACGUUCAGUUAUCAUGAAUUUGACCAUUUUAUACAUAGCCUUUUUAAAGGGGCAGUCUGCAGUUGCUACAUUCAUUAUUGGACCUAUUAUUAAUUUAUGUACCAACUUGAUUCUUCAAGUAUCAAAGCUUUGUUCCACUGUCAUACCCCAUCAGAACCCAAAAUAUAAGCCUGUUUUACUCCAAUGUUUGUAAACAGAGUAAAUGCAGACUAAAUCUAUAUAGCCUCAAAACAUGGUUAAAGCGGUCAUUUUUAUGCAUCCAUAGCUCAGUCUAUGAAUUUGAGCUGUUACAUUUCUCCAACCCCAUCCCUCAGCUUUUUACUGUAACAGGGUAGGGAGAAUGCUUUGUUUCAACUGCUGAUUGUCAUUUUAAGAAGAGUAGUUUUAAUUAUUUGUGUCUUGCAUAAAGGUUUAACCUGUUGUAUUAAUAUGUACAAUUAAUUGUACCUAUGUGGUCAAAUGCAGGAUACCUGCGUUAACAUAUACCUUCCUAUUUAUGUCUUGAUGGAACAGGUGGUCUUUAUCAUCAAAUAGAAACCUUUCCACCCCAGAUAUCUGGCCAUUUCAACGUGCCAUCAUAUCUGCAACAUGUUCCAGAGUAGUCUGCCAUGCAUUUUGGUAGCUCUUGUAUCAUGUAGAAUAGGUUAGAUGGUAUUUUAUAGAGUAGUAAUGGGAUCCCAAGCAUGAAACUAGUCUUUGGUACUAUGUAUUUGAGCUUGCUCAUUUUAAAAUGGCCUGAAUUCUGAAGUCAAGUAAACGUACUCAGUUCUCAUUCUUUUAUUUGUUGGCAUCAGGAAUUAAUCUAUAAAGGAGCUUACUGGUUUAGAGCAGCGAUCACUGGAAUUUUACGUCUUUAAUGUAAAUAAACUUUAUUUUAAAAACUUUAAAAAAAUAAAUUUGUCAGUAAAGUUCUUCCCCAGCAAGAGUCCGGUUAGUGUUCUGACUUCUCAAUUUGAGUUGAUAACAUGCAGUACGGAACCUGUCCCAGUAUGAGAUUAGGGGUGGCCAGUGGAGACUUCCAGGUGUGGUGAUAACAUGCGGUACCGAACCUGUCCCAGUAUGAGAUUAGGGGUGGCCAGUGGAGACUUCCAGGUGUGGUGAUAACAUGCAGUACCGAACCUGUCCCAGUAUGAGAUUAGGGGUGGCCAGUGGAGACUUCCAGGUGUGGUGAUAACAUGCAGUACCGAACCUGUCCCAGUAUGAGAUUAGGGUUGGCCAGUGGAGACUUCCAGGUGUGGUGUUGGUAGGUGUUUAGUGCUUAUCGUGUACAGAGGGCUGUUUUCUUGUCCGUGAAAUGCUGUCGAACUCAUGUCCGUUUUGGGGUUAUCCUUUUUCAAUGUUGCUGUUGAUUCAUUGAGCAGAGAUUCUGAAGGGUGAUAAUGAUGAGUCACGUUAUUUUGUGAUGGGAUUGAGGGCAGAGUGACUGUCGGAUAUUAGAGUUGUGGUGUCUGGCUAACUCAUAGGAUUAGGAUUUAGCUGCUUUUUUCCCUUGUACAUUUCACUUUUGGAUUUUCUCUUUACUGUCUUAGUUUCCUUUUGAUUGAAGAUUUGAAUGCAUAUCUCACGAUUGUUUUAAAUUCCGUACACGUCCAUUGUUUGAAAAAUGGAAGUUUGCGUAAUAUUAGGAGAGUUGACUUGACAUGGGGAGCAUCAACCUUCAGAUCUGUUCCUUUUCUAUGCGCUUGCAAACACAUAAUUCAGCCUUUGUAUUAAUGGAUUGAACACUAUCCAGACCAUAAAUGUAUAGAGAUCAUUAUGUGAAAAUAACUUUUUUUGCAUGGACAUUGCCAUUUUAAAGUAGUCAACUGGGUGGGGAUUCCUAUGGCUUGGGAACAAUCAACCAAUUAUCAGAGCAUUGACUGCCAACUAGCGGCCACAAGUAAUGAAUUACUUAAGAUUUGUUUCUAGACUUCAACACUGUAGCUGGUGGUAAGUUGCCAAUUUUAGCUUUACACUUUUUUUUCCAUUAUCAGAAGAAAAUUGACUACUUUAAAUGGAGAUGGCCUCAUUGGCACAGAUACAACAUUGUGAUCUCUAUGAUCCAGACCAAAGUCAAGCAGGCAAAAAGACAACCUUGGGAACUUGUUCCAACACAACUGUUUCUGGGUGGGAUGUGGAGAACUCGUAACCCUCCUACUGUUGGACGGAAAAGCUGUCAGUUAAUUGAUAAUGCUCCCUGUCUCUUGAUUGGCCAGUUAUGCUUGAUUAAUGUAUUCCUAUUUGAGGGAAGGCCACUUGUGUAGGUCUGAAUGUUCUUGUACAGAUUUUGCGCCUAGAAGGCUAAUCUUUGGUUAGGUUUUGUUUUUCUCCCUCUCUAUUAGUAAGCACAUUUUCCAUUUGAGUAAAUCUUUUGAGAGUUCCUCAGUUUGACUUUAGUUUUUUUAUGUACUCUGAUGUACCCUUUUUCUUUCAAUGCAUUUAAUUUUUUUUGUGUGUUUUUCCCAAAAUGUGUGUGUGUAGUAUUUCCAAAACUUAUCUGAUUUGCUACUUGGGUAAAGUGAGAAUUCGGGGGACUGCCUGGGUGCUAGCAGUGUAGUAACAUGUUAUCUAUCUAACCACUGGGCCUAUGUUGUUUUAUAUUUUUACAUCCAUUAAUGGCUAAGUUAAGAGCAGCUAGUGGUGUUGUGGAAUGAAAUGCACUAACUUUUGUUUGAAAAUAAUCUCUUAAUCCUGUAAGGUGUAAAAUCAUUUUAGAUGUCUACAUUGAAGAAAAGGUGUUUAGCAGGUUUGCUGAAAUUAUUACAGGAAUAGGGUUUUAUUUUUCUUUAACUGUUUUGAUUUAGUUUUUGUAGCACUUCCCUGCUGGGACAAAGGUGUUGGAGGGGGUGCAGCUGGGACAUGGUAACGUACGAGGGUGGGAUGUGAGACACUGAAUUACUGAUUUAAUAGAUGUCUGAACAAAAACUUAAAAGAAUAAUAAAGUACAAAUAUUUCUUG